UUUCUGAGUGUUUUGAAAACGAGGCUCCGCGGAAUGCCCGAUACGGAGAAGUAUCGAAAUUUUAUUGCUGGUUGUGGUGCUGGUAUGGCCGAAACGCUGAUACUGUAUCCAAAAAGUAAAGUUAUAUUUCGUCAACAGAUAUAUGGCACCACUACAAAGACAGUUUUAAAACAGAUGCGGGAUGAGGGCUUCUGGAUGCUGUACAGAGGAGUGCUUAUGCCGCUGCUACAAAGGACAACGACACGAUCCAUUAUGUUCGGAAUUUUCAAUCGACUGAAUGAAGCUCUCGGCUGCGCUCAGUGUCGCACUCCUCAGCGCCGUAUUAUUUGCAGUUCAUCGGCCGCAUUUUUAGCCGGUACUAGCGAAGCAGUGUUAUGUCCAUUGGAACGGACACAGGUCCUGAUGCAGGCCCGCGAAUUCAAUAGGCAUUACAAGAACACACUGGAUGCACUAUCCAGUUUGGCCAAGGCAUGUUUCAAGCUUAUAUAUUUUUACGAUUUAAGGAACAGUAUCUCCACACUUUUAACGUUUCUUGGAGUGGCGGAAUUAUACCGUGGAUUAUCGUUGAUAUUGCUGAGGAACGGUCUGAGUAAUACAGUCUUUUUCAAUCUCAGAGAACCAUUACGUGAUGUGAUUCUUAGCGACUACAAUCGAAGUAUACAUUUGAGGAUACCGGUCAGAGUAGUAAUUUUCGUGAGCAAUUUUGCGUCGGGUGCUAUCCUUGGUGCUUUCAUAUCGACAUUAUUCUUUCCCGUAAAUGUUGUCAAGCAACGUAUGCAAAUUACUGUUGGCACGCCAUUCCGCUCACCUGUUCACGUCUUUCGAAUCAUCUGGAAAGAGCGAAAUGGCUCAGUGAGGCAAUUUUUUCGUGGUGGAGCGCUAAAUUUCACCAGAUCGUUGUUCACCUGGGGUAUCACAAAUGCAACAUACGAAGUACUGCGAUAUUUACUUUCGAAGAACCUUGCAAAAUGA